CGGCCCUGGGAGGUGUUGAUGGGGUGGCACUCACGCAACCAGGCCUUCAGCUGUGAUAAGAGGAAAUCCCUGGGGCCUUAUCUCCUGCCAAUCCAACUAUAAAUACAGGCGCAGGCAGAGAAGGCGGCUACUCAAGAAGAACCAACGGCCUGCAGAGCUAGUGGCUUGGGUCGAUUCCACCAUGAAGCUUCUUGUUGUGUUCCUCAGCUUGGCCAUCGUCACAGGCUCCCAAGCCUCUUUUUUGAGUGAUGAACCUGCCAGGCCACGUCUGGAGCAGAUCCACGACACCAUCCGGGACUACCUUGCCAAGAUUUCCAAGACAACUACAGAGAACAUAGAUUCGAUCCGCAAUUCAGAGCUGGGCAAGGAGAUCAAUACCCGUAUCACCGAGAGCAUUGACAGUGCCAAAAGCUACCAGGCUGAACUGCAGAAGCAUCUCCCACUAGCGGCCCAAGAUGCGGUGCAGAAGUUGAUUGAGCAGCUGCAGGAGCUGGAUCAGACAGUGCAACCUUUCACAGACAACCUGAAUCAGAAGGUGCAGGGCAGCGUCACUAAGAUACACAAGCAUUUGGCCCCUUACGCCGAGGAGCUGCUGGAGCAGGCAGAACAACACACAGUGACCCUGCGCCAGACUCUGGCCUCUGGCACAGAGGACCUGACGCAGAAACUGCACCAGAAUGUGGAGGAACUUCGAACCCAGCUGGGGCCUCUUGCGGAGGACCUGAAGGCCAAAAUCCAACAGCAUAUCCAGGAUUUCCGCCAAGGUGUAGAGCCCUUAGCCCAGCAACUCCAGGGUAGCCUCAGUGAGGGGGUUCAGCAGGUCCACAAGAACUUGCACCCCUAUGCUGAAGACCUGCAGCAGAAGCUGGUUCCUCUUGCCGAGGACUUCCGGGGUCGUCUUAGCAACAUCUGGACCUCCUUACUGGAGCGGGUCCAGUGAAAAUCUGGCCCAGCAACCAAGGGGUGAGAGGUAGAAAGAUGAGGAAGCAGGGAGGCUGGUCUUUGUGCUGGAAAUCUUCUGGCAGGCACCUAGCACUGCUCGAAGCUCCUGCAGAAACGCAUUCCCUAACACCACAUGGUGCCUGUAAACAUCCCCUUCACGAGGCAAUAAAAUAUCUAAGCAUGAA